AUGGCGGACAAAUCGGCCUACGUCCCCGUCGAAGCGACGAGUGGAGGCGCCAAGAAAGCGACCGACCUCGACAUCGACAUUGACGACAACGACUACUUCGGCGACAAGAAGGCUCAAUCUCCCACCCCGGCUCCGGUGGCACCACCUCCACCCCCACCACCUCCACCUCCACCAGCCCCCGCUCCCGCUCCGGCUGCCGUGAAAGAGAGCGCCGGCGGCAAGAAGAAGAUCGUCUACAAGAAGCCCACCGUCUACCAGAAGACCUACGCCGGACGAAAGUGA